UUACCGAGUGCUACAACUUGUGCAUAGAUAGCCUGGCGUUACAGAAAGACUUCUUGUACUGAGCGAAAGAGAUUUGCUCCAAGGAACACAAUGGCAUCGCAGGGGAUACAGAUGCCUCCCGGCACCGAAGUACCAGACAUUCCCUAUGGACUGGCUGUUUUCCGAACAUUACCGUAUGCUUUUAUACUGCCAGAACUGAUAUUCGGAGCAUGGGUUUGGAUUUUGGUGGCUGCAACCAAAGUAUUUUAUUCCCUGACACAAGGAUGGGUCAUGUAUGUUGCGGUGUCUUCGUUCCUCUUUUCCUUGAUACUGCUUAUGGUCUAUGUGUUCGGAUUCCACAGGAACAGCAGUGGAAGCUGGAGGAUAGUGGAUGUUAUAUACCAUGGAAUUACUGCCAUUUUUUACCUAAGUGCUGCAGUCCUGCAAGCUAAUGCAACAAUAGUGUGUAAUAAUGCAAUAGCCACUGGUGGAUGUACAGUCACCAUCUACCAUUUGGAUGCUGCCGCUUCUGUGUUUGCUUUCGUAACAACGCUGCUAUAUGUGCUGCACAGCUUUCAAAGCUAUGUUCAGUGAGCAGAACGUAUAGAGAAGAGGAGAUGUCGGAGGAUACGGAGCGUAUCGGAUGGGAAAUAUCCAGAAACAAAAUGAACUAUUUUUAUGUGACUAACUUGAAAGCUGCUCGCACUACCAUUAAUGUAUAAACUGAUGUAAAUGUAGUUAUUACCAUUAUUUUGCAAAAUAUAAAAUGUAUACGUGACUUUAAGGAAAAGAGGACCUCUCGAACAUUUAGCAUGACAUCAAUGGAAACCAAUCCCAUUUGGGGGGCAUGCGCUUUUGUGAAAUCAGCAGAAGAGUGACAGAUCUCUAAUAAUAAUGAAUUCAUUAACUUUUUUUUUUCACUCCAUGGUUUUGGUUAAUGUCAGAUGGAGACUCGGAGAUAAAGCCAGGUAAAAUGGAAUUCAACCGUAGAAACUAUUCAGUUAUAAUAUUAAAGAGAAGUAUUAUUAAAAUAAAAAAUACAUUAUUUUCUUUGAGCACUUUUCACUAUUUUACUCUCUGUCAGAAAUUAUAUUUAUUUUUUCAUAAUUAAAUCAACUCUGCUGUACCUUCUUUGGCUUGUUAAAAAUAAACCCUUAUUGCUCAGGGUGUGCUGUGUUACUUUGUUAAUGAGACAGGGGACUCUGCUAUACAAACGGCAAACAGUCCUUGAUUUGUAUGUAAUGAAUUGUGACAUUUUUGGUCUUGUAAGUCAAAGCAUAUGUUAUUUGGGGUGAUCAUUGCAAUGGACUCUAGGUCAAUCUAGGGUGGUUUCACAAUGCUGGGAAUGAUCGCUCACACUAUACUCAUGGUCAUGUCAAGAAACAAUCUUACUGUGAAUAUGCACAUUUAACCAAGUCUAGGUGGAAAUAUGCAGAUUGACACAUUUUUCGAUUGUUAACCCACUGUUGCAUGAUUUCCAAUGUUUGCCUGAUACUUGCCACGAAUAUAGCAUGGGCAUUUGGGAGGUAUAAGAUAGAAAACUUGACUUGUGAUAACAGCAUGAUCUUAUUUUAUAUUACACGGUGCAUAUUAAGAAAUUACAUUAAAAUCUAUUUUCAUUACAGUA